GACACGCCGUGAGAAUAAAGGCACUGAAUUGAAGCAUGAAUCUUUUAUGUUUGCUUUAGUUGUUAUUUGUGUGCUGUGUAUGAGAAACAAUUAAAGUCAACCAUCGUUCUACGGUCUGCUGGGGCGCCAUGAAGCAAACAAUGCAAACAUUUAUUUGAGUCCCCUACGAGCGCCAGUCUUUGACAAGCAUUAUUUGAUAAGUUUUACAGACAUUACUUUGUGAGUCAAUGCUGACAGGACUGAACCGCUAAGGCGUUUCCAAGACAACGGGAAGCCAACAAAGUCAUCAGAACGAAGUCAUUGCUCUCUGGCCAAAAUGAGCUCCAAAAAUCCUAAAGAUGUUACGAGUAACGACCUUCAAACGACCAAGUCUGGUACAAAAAAAGCAUACCAAGGAAUUAAAGGCCAGAUAUCCCAAAUCCCAGGACUUUCCCCAGUCGUCGGCGCUGUUGGUCCGGAGAAGAGCAUUGGGAAAAGAGUUGGAGUCCUUGACAGCGAUUCGGAAUACACCAGAUUGGCUAAACAAGGAGGCCGCAAAGGACUUCUGUACUUUGAUGACACCACUAAGAACAAGUCAUUAUCUGCAGACAUGCUGCUGGAUACUCCAAUAGACGCCCGUGGCAACCUCAGUGUCAUUUGCACCAAAGAAAGGAAAAACCCGGAAUCUUCUUCACAAAGGCCCCAACCUCCUUUUUGGACAGACAACAUGUCAGCAUGGGAGCGAGAUGAUGGCAGCAAAGACAAGAAAAAGAAGGUUCCUGACAAACAAUUGGUCCAAUGGCAGACAUCUGGUCUAAAUAAGGACGCCGUCAAAUACAGGAGGACAAAUUCCACCAUGAAAACCUCCCCAGUCAACAUGUCAAAGCUGUUGAGUUUUGGUUACGCAGAGGACGACAAACCAUCAACUCACGAUAUUGAGUCAAGUGAAAGUGUGGAAUUGUCUGGGUCACUGUGAAUUAUUUAUUUAAUAUGCUAUAUCAAAACCAGUAAUAAAAAAAACAAACUCUGUUAUGUUCAGGAUAA